CAGGAUCACAAGGGGAAAAUUUUGUAAGUGGGACAUUAUACAUCUUCAGAAUCUACAAAUUAUUAAUUAAGGAAAAGGAUGGCUUAUAAGGACGGUAAUAAUAUCGGAGAUUUCAUUUGUUUGAGGGCUCAGCAUCAAAGGACUUGAAAUAUUGCAGCAUGAGCAAUGCACAGAAGUUGACAAUUAAGAAACUGCGGACACUAAUCUAGAUGAUAUUUCAAACAUAGACUGAAUAGACUAAAGCAAAGAACAAAUAGGGAUUAAUCUAGUGAAGCGCAAUUUAUAAACAAACAUACAGAGAAAAAACAUAAAAACACACACAUUGUAGUUUUAACCUGAAACUUGUAAAUAAAAAAAUAAUUGAACACGGAUAACUCCUGAGGUGAUAGAAAUCUGUUCAAAAUGGCUACAACUAUGACUAGUUAUGGGCUUAACUCAACAGUCAUCGAAGAAGAAGAUGAUGAAGGUUUCUCUGACGGACUCAAAGCAGUCAUGGGAAUUCUCCUUGGUACAAUGAUCGUAGUUGACGUCUGUGGAAAUUUAUUAACAAUUGCUGCUUUUUGGAGAGAUAAACAACUGAGAAUUGUGCAGAACUAUUAUAUAUUCAAUUUAGCUGUUGCUGACUGUUUGGUCGGUAUUGUCAGCCUACCAUUUUAUGUGCAUUAUACGAUAGAAUACUACACAUGGACAUUUGGACGACCCUUUUGCACCUUUUGGCUGGUGGUGGACUAUACGAUAUGUGCAGAAUCAUCCCUUAUGAUCAUUCUUAUCAGUUACGACCGCUUUUUGUUAGUAUCACAAGGGGCCCAAUAUAACGUUAAACAAACACCCAUCAAAGCUAAAGUCCUGAUUGGCAUCUCAUGGUUUCUGGCGUUCAUUCUCUAUACUCCUUGGCUAGUGUUUUACAACUUCGGUCAACCAUCCGUCGUGGAGGAUAUGGAUUGUGAUACUGAAUUUGUAUAUGAUUCAACCGUGACAUUGAUUACUGCAAUUAUAGAGUUUGGAGUUCCUGUCAUUCUCGUGUCAUUCUUUAACAUUCGUGUGUAUCUUAGUAUUCAUGAACGCACAAAAAACAUGAUUUCAAAACAGUCUAAUCUGGCCGUUAUAUCGGGGAAGGUCGAUCAAUCUAAACCGGAUGAGCAGAUACAGAGGAAACUGUCACGUGAUCGCAAAGCUGCAAAAUCUCUUGCGAUUCUAGUUGUUGUGUACUUUGUCUGUUGGUCACCGUAUACUUUGAUGACAAUUAUUAAAGCAAUCUGCGAUUCUUGCGUUAAUGAGGAUAUUUACGAAGCGUCAAACUUUUUGCUUUGGUUAAAUUCAUCCUUAAAUCCUUUUCUUUAUGCCCUGAUGAGCUCCCGAUUUAGAGAGAAUUUUAGGAAAAUUUUAUGUUUCUGGAAACGGAAUAAAGUUGGAGAUGUGCGACGCAUCUCCGUGCAAACUAAGAUGAUGACGGAACAAACAAGGGCAUCCUAGAGACUCAGUAAGAUCUGAUUGAACAAAUUUAAACAUGGCCCCUGGCACAGAAAAAUCAAGCAUAUUAUUUUUAAAUCAAAUUGAUAUUGAUCUUUUGAUUUCAUUUUGAAAAGCAACAAUGACACUGAGACACUAUUAUCGAUAAAUAAUUGCCUUAUUCUGACCAUUUUUUGUUAACAAGGGCCAAUCUGUAUAUCAUGUAUAUAGAAAUACA